AUGGCCGUCUUGAGUGGUUUGAUUUUCCUCUUGCUUGAGAUGUUUCUUGAGGUUUCAGCGUCUUAUAGUGUGAGUGGUCUUUACCGAGGGGUCUGGUACCAGCCGGUAGAGCACUACGCCCUGCUAGGCCGGUCCUUUAUGAAUAUCUCAGGCAUCUCUGCCGUCAGAUGUUCAGUUCGGUGUCUCAGCCAUCAUGGAUGUUUUUCUUUCAACUACGAUCACAUCAAUCAAGUCUGUCAGAUGAACAACGCCAGUGCUGAGCACGUCUGUGACAACUUUCAAGGAAUGCCGUAUGUUUCGUAUUACGACGCAACCGCAAAACCAAUCACCUGCAAGAGUAUUAUUUCUGGCAAUGCAAAGUGCGCUCCUGUGAAGGUCUCUGUGGGUUUUGAGAAACUCGGUCUUGAAGAUGGUUCGAUCCCCGAUGAGAGCCUCUCCGCAUCAAACAGCUGGGAUAGCAAGGAGGUCAGCACACCGGCUGGUGGCCGUCUCAACAAGAUAGCACCUGACGGUACUACCAUGGGAGCAUGGGCGUAA